AACAUUUCAAGUUCUACCAUUGGGUGUGUGAGAGGGUAAUGUUUAUUAAAAAAUAUGGAUUGUGGAAAUGAACUUUGCUGUUUCAUAUUAAUUUAAGUACACUGUAACUUCCAUAUCACAGUUUUUAUACGUUUAAACAACUUAUUGCGUCUAGCAGGUUACCAAAAAACAUUUGAAAGUGUUGUUUAUGUUAGAAUACCUUUGCAAAGUGUGCUUUCUACAAGUGUUUACACAUGCACACCCGCCUCCAACCACCCACAAAUUAUUAAGCGAAUAUACAACACGCACAUUUUAUUUGUGACGCAGCAGCAAUACCAUUGUUAAUGGCUUCGAAUUCGCAGGUUGGAAAAAUUGUGGUCGUCGUUGCACUCACAUUAUUUCUCUACUAUUUCUUUUGGGUAUCCAUAUUGCCGUUUAUGUUAAUUGACGAAGGUAACUUCAUACAUUCGUUAUUUCCGCCACUUGAAUAUGCAUUCAUAUUUCCCGCUGCUUUUGGAGUGAUAUUUCUUGGUGGAAUAUCAAUUUACACGCUGUAUCACAUUUGGGAUCAUAUUUGGGAUAGGAAAACUAUUUUAAAUCGUGCGUCAUUAGCUGCUGUUAACUCGUAA